GUCCUGCUUUGUGAUAACUGAGGAAAUUAGUAAAGGAGACAUUAUACUGAUGGAACAUCAAAAACAUGUUUGAUGGUUAAUCGAGAAUUAGCAGGCGAGUUUAUUCUCGGCUACGUUUUCACAGCUACAGCCGUAAUCGACGGGCAAUGAUCGUAAUCAUAUCAGAUCACAGCAAUUAAAGGGGAAGCUGGCUGAACAAAUAAAAACUUUCGAUUUACACAGCAAAAGUUGCAGAAGUUCAAUAUCCAAUGUAUUUGGAUUAUGUCGACAGCUCCAAAGAUAUCUUGGAAGAACUUGUUGGCCAUGAAAUCGAAGAUUCAGAUGACGAUGAGGAAGUGGAAAGUGACAAUGAAGAAGAAAGUAAUUGCGAAGAAGCUGCUGAAAACUGCAGUGACGAUGAAUGACAAAUGGCAUAUUUCAGCCAUGGCUGAAAAGACAAGACACCGCAAGAAGAACAGACGCAAGCAAAAUGAAGAACAUGACCGUGUUAAGCGUAUGUCAAUGUUUGGAUUGCGUAUCGAGACCCGAGAUGAUUACGACGAAAACAAUUACGAUGAUUUCAAGAAUGUGCGUCGAGAGAUAAAAGAUAAAAGUCAUACUUACCGAAUAGGUCCUGCACCCGUGACAGACUAUCAAAUCAAACCAAACCAUCAUGUAGCUAACACACCUGGCAGCUUGGAUAGCGACCUAGAUAGCUUGGAUCUGGAUACACAUUUUUCUUCUGAUUUGUUGAAUUUAAAUGCAUCGAAAGCAGGUUGUAGAGGUCUCAUUAUGUACUUUGCUAAAUUGGGAAAUUUUGAAGGCGAUGAUAAUAUCGAUUUGGAAUUUGUCGAUUCCUUGCUACGUGGAGGUGCAGAUAUCAAUUUUUCGGAUCGCCAUGGCCAAACACCUUUACACGAAAUCUCUCGUAGUUGGCAUACAGAUGUAGCUCAGUUUGCUUUGCUUCGCGGCGCAGAUCUGAAUCAUACUGACAAUUUUGGCAGAACUCCACUUCACUUGGCAUCAGCGAUUAAUUAUCCAGAAAUGGUAUUUUGGUUGAUCACUAACGGAGCACGAAUUGAGGAGCACACAAUAGGCGAACUACAAACUGCUGUACACUAUGCUGCAAAAAACAAUGCUACAGAUUCUCUAAAAGUCUUACUGCAUAUGGAAGGAAGCAUUAAUGAAGUUGACUAUAAAAACCGAACACCCUUGUUUGUUGCCGCCGAAACUGGACGUGCAGAAGCAUGCCGAUUUCUUCUUGAACAAGGUGCUCCUUGUGGUGUGUACGAUGACUGUGGUACAUCAGCACUAACAUUAAUGGUGGAGAAAAUGCCUGAUGUUGCGAAGAUUGCGUUGGGGCAAUUCGAAAUGGUAGAUAAAGCUUUACGCAAAAAAUAUUAUUAUUUAAACUACCUUGAAUCAGAUGUUUGGAAGAGAGUGGCUUUAAAACACGGAAAACCGCUACGAGAAUCCUGUUCUAGAACCCCUCUUGAGACAAUCUGUUUCUACAAUGAAACAGAUCUGAUUAUGCAUCCUGUGAUCCUACGUUUGAUUGCUAUAAAAUGGCAACUAUUUGGAAAAUAUCACACUACUCUUAACACUGGAAUGAAUCUGAUCUACACUAUCUUAUGGACAGUGCUUGGUGUAACAAUGCCAAAAACGAAGAUUAAACGUUAUUACACGCCUGUUGCUGCCAACACUUGGAGGAUUGUGUUGGAAAUUAUUGGACUUAGUAUGGCUUUUUACUUCCUAGUUACACAGUUUCUCGAAUUCAGAAACAGUGAAAAUCGAUCAAAGAAAUUUAAAGAAUGGAGAAAUCGUGAGAUUGAUCGUGAUAUGCAGUAUUGUCAUCCAAGAUGGCCAGAGGAAAGAAGAUACCUUACUUCUGAAAUAAAAAUGGUCAGUACAUCAUCUCGUUCUUAUUUAAAGAAUGGGUGGAAUAUUUUCGAACUGGUGACAAACAUUAUCAUGGCGUUAGUGGUAUUUACCAGAAUUAUUGCUACAUCAUCUAGUAACGAGACUGUUGAUCGUGUCCAUUAUAAAUCAUUUCCAAUCCUGUUAAUCAUGUUAUGGUUAAGGUUUAUGCGAAGUUGUCAGUGCUAUCAAUCACUUGGUCCUUUUAUAACCAUGUUAGGUCACGUGAUUACUGAUACAAUGAAAUUUGGAUUCUUAUUUUUUGAGUUCUUUAUUCCAUACGUAUGUGCAUUUUGGAUUUUGUUUGGUGGACGACCAGACACUCAAUUUGAAUAUUUUAAUGACAUUGUUUAUCAAGUCUUUUUAAUGACACUUGUCGAUGAAUACGAGCGCGAUGAUAUAAUGAAGCAAGAUAAAGUCAUGGCACAAAUACUUGUUGGAACAUAUUUAGCAAUUGCAUCAGUUGUUUGCGUAAACCUAUAUAUUGCCCUAAUGUCCCAAACCUUCACUCGAAUAUACCAAAAUGCUAAGGCUACGGCAUUUAUGCAACAAGCAAAACAUUUAUUGAAAAUUGAAGAAAAUUUAGGACGGAAGCAAAAACGUCAGGCGAAGAAUUUUAUGAAUACGAAAUGUUCACCUCAGGUUAUCUAUGAUAAUGGAAAAAGUGACGAUGACAGUGAUGACGGUAAUAAAUUGAUGAUUUAUCGCAUGUUUCAAUCUGUCAACGAGAUUAAAGACAAAGUUCUUGUCUUAAUGGUUAACACAACAGAAGUCGCUAGUGAAAAAAAACAGACAUGCGAGUCAAGUUCAACCUUGGAUGAUAUUACUGUUCAGCUGGAUAUCGUACGGAAAAAAUGCGAUAAGAUGGAAUCUAAUCUUAAAGAUUUGCAUAGUCUCCUUACUAAAGAGAUCAUGGAGAACAAGGUUUUGGCCAAUGAUGCGCAGUUAGCUUCCAUCAAAGAGCUUAAAGAAAUUUUGAAGUUGCACACUUUCAAAAGUAGUACCGAUGACUGUACUGGAAACACUGAGCCACAUUCUUCCACAAAUGAUGACCGAAAAACAUGGGGGGAAAAUUUUUCGAAUCUGCCAGAAAAUUUAAACAAUCCAAGCCAGUUUCAACACGAAUUAAAGUGUAAAAGAUGUGUCAAUACGCAACAUGCCUUUGGCGGAUGGCCUUCAUUAGGGUGUCAUCGAUAUGCUGACGAUACUAUUUUCCAAUCGCCUUACGAUUCAAAUGCAGCAUUUCAUUUACCAAUAAAGGAACCAUUUUUGAAUCAAAGAAAAUUUUUGUUACAAGAUAAUGAAAGUUAUGACUCUUAUCUUGCUCACAAUUUUGAGGAGUUUUUGAGAUUUAAGAAGAUUCAAGAGCGGAAUCGUGCUGCUUCCCAGAAGACUUAUUACCCUUCCGGUGAUAAUUACUAUCACACUGCAUCCAGUCUUUCAGAUAUGCCAGUCGAAGUGUCUAACAGGCACCAGAAAAAUGUCUUUAAUACUGAUGAUGUCUUUCACACUAACUCAGUGAGAAACUAUGGCAGCCAACGACAUUGUAUUAAAAAAUCCAAUAAAGAAACAUCAGAUCCAGAAUGCACCGAGGCAGACUAUGCUGGGCACAGCUCCAACAGAGAUGAUUGUUGCAUUUUUAACAAGGAGAUUCUUGACGAGCCCGCAGACAUAGACAUAAAAAAUGUUGUUAAAAUUUUAGAGCGUUACGAAAUUGAUUUACCUUAUCAUGGCAAAGGCAAUUAUGAAAGUAGUAACUGUCAAACAGAACACAAGUUUGAAGUAGCUGCAGAUGAAAAAACAAAUGAAGUUCUGGAUUCACCUGACGUUAUUGAUAAUAAAGCCGUACGUGCAAAUGUAAACCUUAAACACGGCUGCGUAGGUUCUUCCACUCUAAUCAAUUUUCAGCACAACGUUAAAAACGAAGAAGAUUUAGAAAAAAAACCCUUAAUUCUGGAGGAAUUUGAGAAAAUAAAAAUUAUACCGCGAAGAGAUACCUAUGGCAGUAAGCAUAAAGUCUAUUUAAACCAGAAACUCACUGGUUUAGAGGUGAGAGAUACCAUUGUUUGACAUUAUUACAAUGAAAUAUGUCACAAUGUGUUAGAGCUGUUUCAUUUUCAGUAAUACGCUGUAUUGCAUCACGCAGUAGGUGUUGAUACUAAAACCAACGUGGCGCACAAUUAUUUCCAGAGAAUAUGGUAUAUUAAGCAAUCGUUUGCUGAAAACGAACUAAGAUGUGUGGUGUGCUGUAAUACUUAAUUGUAUCUGAUUGUAAAAAUAUUUAGUCUGUUUAGUGCUGAGUAACAACAAGUAAAAUGCAACAACAUUCCUUAAAGAUUCUGUCAGGUACUUGUUUAACAUUUUUUUAACAAAUGAACUAUGCACUGAUUAAAUGUUGAUCCAAUACCAUCUCACUAAGGAAUAGAUUUUGAAUAUAUUGAACACUAUAAAUUUAAAAAUGUUUGCUAAGCAUUUCGCAAGUCAACCGAAAAACGGGACCAGGCAACUUAAGGCUUUUUGUUUUGUUCUGGUAUCAUUUCUACUCAGUAUAGAUAUAAAAGAUAUUUGAACGUAUUCACCAUGGUCAUCAUUGUUAUAUUCAUACUCAUAUUGUUCGAUAUAAAGAAAUUGGCUUUAACAAGGAUGGAAAGAUUAAAAUGUAACUUAAUAUCAUGCUAAACUCGCGACAGGGAGCAAACAUGUGUUUUCUAAAGCGCAAAAGUGAUUAACAGUAUAGCUAGCUCGCUGCAGUGCUUAGUCAAGCCAUUAUUUCCAGCAGUUUUUAAAUAAAGCCAGCUAACUGCACUGAAAAUAAAAUAGGAGUCAUUGCGAUGCUCUUUAGGGUGUCAUUUGGAUAUAUUCCGUAUGCCAAUAUUGUAAGAAGGUUGGGCGUUUACAUCUCACACCAUUCGAAAGUUAAAUUGGCGGUGCAACAUCUUAAAAAAAUAGAGCAUAUAAAUCAACGUUUAUAUCAAGUUUUGAUGUUAUUUUCUGCAAUGAAUUUGUGAAAAUAUUUGUCGUAGAAGCUUAAGCCUAAAGCAGUGCCGAUCAAGCAGCGACAAGAUUUUUUUAAACUCCAUAAAUAAAAUAAAGCCAAAAUUUGUACUUAAGCUAGAAGUAUUUUAUUAGAACUAAAAAAAUGCAAUCUUUUGAUUUCGGUAUGAGCCAACUAGAAGAGUUUCAAACAGCAUAACACAAUUGUUAGAAAAGGUUUGCAAAGCUAGCUGUCGGAAAUACGAACGCCGUGAACAUAUACUUUGACUUUAUUUGAUUUUAUAUAUAUAUAUAGGUCAUAAUUUAGAAGAACCUCUUUCGUUACAGUCUUUUAGUUCUGAGCUGUUGGUUCCUACAUUCUGGUCCACCGAGCCGGAUCUUUUAUCCGCCUUUACCUUUGAAAUCAAUUGUUUCUGGGUUUAUGUUACAUUUAUUAGUUUGAGUAUAACAGUAUUGACAUGAUGUCAGCUUUAAUUUUAACUAGAAAUUUAAAAAAAGGUUGCGAAGCAUUACGCAAGUUGCAAACAAAAUUGAAACUAGCUAAUAGUUGUCCCUAGUGUUUUUUUGUUUCUCUUUGAUAUAAUACGGCGAGGUGCUAACAUCUUACUGCAGCUGAUAUCUGGGAAUACACCAAAACUAAAUAUCAUAGACGUAGAAAACCCUGGGGACGAGGUUGCAAAAUAAACUCACCGCGGAUCAACAACAACUCGUUGCGCAAAAGUAGUGAUUUUUUGGCAAAAAUACAAUAUAUAUAUGCGGAAUAUUUCUUUUCAAAAGGUACGAGAGAUUUAGAUCGCGCGAAACUAAACAAAAACGAUUACUGAGAAAUUUCGUAAAACCUCUUUCCACAGAAUUAUAAAAUUAAAUAUUGAUAAUAAUCACAAUAUUGUCAGCGUUGGCCGACGUAAAUCCAACAUUGAUAAAGUUUUUAGCGCCAAAAAUCUAUGCAAAGUUAUACUUUUAUAAAGUUAAACCUUUAUUCUGAAAGAAAUGCAAUACAUCGAGUUGUGCAAUCCGUAGCGUGCCGAAAUGUCACGAAUUAAUGGGAUGCGCGUGGUAAGGUACACUCUUUCAACCGGAAAAUAAUACUCGGAACGCAGAUAAUAAUAGAGACUUUCGCGUUAACGAUUUCGGAGAUGAGAAGGCGAACAAAGCAGCUUGUGGGUUGUUUUUUUUACACGUAAAAAUAACGGCACUAGUUAUGAAAACCGAUUUCUUAAAGCCGCGGUAUCUGCUGCAAUAAGUUUCGAAAGCUCACGGGAAACAAUAAACAAAAACAAACAAUCUACAGAAACGAAAACAAUUUAUUAACUUUAUCAAGAUUUAUAAAACAGCUUCAAAUUUUUGACAGAAAAACAAUAACAACGCGGUGUGAGGUUUCGCUUUCUUCUUUUUAUCUCACGUAUUGCAAGAUAACAUCUCUCCUCGCUCUAAUUGUACGCAAUCUAUAAUGAAAGAAAACAUUUUUAUAUAGUAUAUUAUAUUAUAUAUAUAGCAAAGUCUCUAAAUACAUUAAAAUCCAGUGCCUUUGAGGGACGAUAUUUAGAGCUAAAUUUCUAAACUACAAUUAUAUAUUAUUCUUUGGGACAGAGUGCUCAAAAAGUGUUUACUAGAUACAAUAUGCUUGAUAUAAUUAAUAAAGUCAUUUUGAGUGUUGUCUUCUUUUGGGGAUUGGUAGUUCAGUCGGUAGAGCGUUCACUUCCUAUUCAUAUGGGUUCAAUCCCACGUAACAAUUGUUGCUUAUUGAACAGAAAUUUAAAAGGUUUCUGUAGCUCAAAUGGAAGCUUUUUAACACUCUAGAACCGUUUAUGUUGUACCUCCUGGAGAAAAAUUGACAGGGUAAAUUUAUUGGAAUUAAUGAGGCUAACCACAUAAACAAUAGAUCACUACUUUUUGUGGCCAAGACAACAGAAUUGAAAGCACUGUUUUUCAUUUGGAAAGUACAAAUUGUAUUUAAAAAUUUGCCCAAGCUUGCCCUCAUACUUAUGGCUUUUUUGGCCAGUUGACACGCACACUAAUCUACCACACUGAACACAAAAGUUACGAAAAACACGAAAUUUGAGUAAGGUCUAUUAUGUGGUUUCACAUUCUUAAAGGGUCAUUCAAGAAUAGUUUUUACCUAUCAUCACUUAGCUAUACCACAUUAUUGUAAGCUCAUGAAACACAAAAAAAACAUAGGGUUGUAAAGAAAAUGAUGAAGCCCUGAAUAUUUUUAUCUUUUUUAAAUAUUUUUAUAUAUGUCCAAACUUAAUCUCCCAAAAACAAUAAUUACAUUAACGGUCAUCACCAUUAUCGAACAAAAGUCCACUUGGUCAUUUGUGACUUCACACAUCGUACAUAGCUCACUUCUUGAAAAAAUUAUUGCAAGGUUCGAGUUUUUGAAGAAUUUAACAACAUGCGAAAGUAGGUAAACAAAGUAGAACUUCCAGUUAAAGGCACUGUUUGAUAAAAUAGUUUAGAUUUAGAACAUAUAUCAGUAAAAAGACGCUAGUAGCAACAGUACAAAAGUUUUUAACCAAAAAUGAGCAAAUACCUUAAAGAAUGAAGAGGUAUAUUUAAGAGGGUGCUGAUAAGCAGCAAACGCACGCAUAUACAAGGGCGAGUUCGGGCGACUUUG